UUGCCUAGACUUCUCUACUUGGUUUUUGAGCCUUUAUUUAGUCAUGAAAGACUGACUUUUAGUUCAGGUCAAGAAAGAAGAGGUAAGGGUAAGACAAAAUAGAACAUUUAAGUUACAGAUCAUCUGUCUCAUUAGACCGUAAACAUAUAUCCGCACAAAAGUAUCUAACAGAAAGGAACCGUUCCCUCCUACAGCGCCGUUCAGACGGGACCGUGAACUUCAACCGGAACUGGUCGGACUAUGUGCGCGGUUUCGGCACGAUUAGCGGCGAGCACUGGCUGGGCCUUGACAACCUGUACUACCUCACCCGACAACGCAACUAUCGCCUGCGCAUCGACCUCACUGACUGGACCGGCAGAACUGUCCACGCAGAGUACGACCAGUUCUACAUCGACGGGUCGGAGGAAAACUACCGCCUGCACGUCUCGGGUUACCGCGGCAACGCCAACGACUCCAUGGUGUACCACGACGGGCAGAGGUUCAGCACGCGUGACCGUGACAACGACCGCAGCGGGGGUCACUGCGCAGAGCAGUGCAGUAGUGGUUGGUGGUUCAACAAUUGCCACUUCUCCAACCUGAACGGGGUGUACCACCAGGGGGGGCCGUACAACCACACCUUCCGCACAGGGAUCGAGUGGUACCACUGGAAGGGCAAGAGCUACUCGCUCAAGGGCGUGGAGAUGAAGGUCAGGCCGUCGGACUUUUGAUGAACGACCUUGAAUGACCUUGGGGGUUACUCGUUCUUGUUGUCUUUGUGUCAUUCAUACAUGACCGUAAUCAGAUUCUUCCGUCAAAUGUUGCCUUGCAUAGCUGAAGGUCAAUCAGGCCCUGGGACUUUUGAUGAAUGACCUUGUGGAUUCCAUGUUCUUGUUUCAUACAAAGUUAUGAUAUAACUUAAUAAAAGUUACCUGGAAUUAGCCAGUGUACU